UCAAAGUUGGGGUUGGGGUUCGGUCGGGUGUGUUGAUUUCGAGUUAUUUCUGCGAAGGUUUAUUUAAAACUAUACAUCUUUGUAUGGUUACAAUAGAACCUCCAGAAACUUGUUAUAGACUUUAGCACAAUGUGGGAUAAUAUCAUAGAAUGUCUGAAAGACCCAUUAUUAGUGGUUAAGGUCCAGAACUUUUUUGGUGUUGUGUACAGGAAUGGUCCUCAGUCAAGUGCUAACGAACCUAGUGGUGGAGAAGUGAUACAUUCAGACAGAAAACAAUAUGAAAAUGAAGCGUUCGAUAUUCGCCAUCAUAAGAGAAUACCUAGCAAUAUAUCAAGUAGUUCUGGUUCAUCAUAUGAAACUGAUUCGUCUGCAACAACAACCGCUGAUGAAGUGGAGUGUUUAAUCAAUAAUAGAUUCUGGUAUUACUUGUUCGUCCUGGGCACAGCUCUCGGGGACGAGAUAUUCUAUGCUACAUUUAUACCGUUUUGGUUUUGGAACAUUGAUGGGGCAGUGGGACGGAGAGUAGUCUUGGUGUGGACUGUUGCUAUGUAUAUUGGUCAAGGUUUCAAAGACAUAAUUCGCUGGCCUCGGCCUGGUUUCCCAGUGAAGAAGCUGCAGAAAAAAUGGGCGAUAGAGUAUGGGAUGCCGUCAACCCAUGCCAUGGUUGGAGUGUCAAUACCAUUCUCCGUGUUGUUCUAUACCAUGGACAGAUACCAGUAUCCCAUAAACUGGGGAAUGUCCCUGGCGGUUAUGUGGUGUACACUGAUAUGUGUGAGCAGAAUAUAUUUGGGAAUGCACAGUGUUUUGGACAUAGCAGCGGGUCUGCUCCUGGCAUCGGGUCUCCUGGUGGUCCUCAUUCCGGUGGUGGACUGGCUGGACGGGAUCCUGCUGACGGACCUCUACUCACCGCUCCUGGUCUUGACCGUGUCUAUACUGGUCAUUGUGUUCCAUCCGAACGCAGACAAAUGGACUCCUACAAGAGGCGACACAACAAUGAUAGUGAGCGUCUGUGCGGGCAUUCUGAUCGGCUCGUGGACUAACUACCAGCUCGGCAACAUGGUGGCCAGUACCCAGGACCCGCCCUACGAGAUCAUCUGGCCCACCAUAGACAUGCUGGGCUGCACCAUCCUCAGAACUAUACUAGGCUUCUGCGGCGUCAUAGCAACCAGAGCAAUAGGAAAGUCGGUAUCCUACGGAUUCGUCUGCGCGCUCCUGGGCAAAGACAAAAACGAACUUCGAAACUCUGAAGACAGCCUCGAUAAUAAAAACAAAAUUAUCGUCGAACUGUGCUACAAGUAUUUCACGUACGGUAUGAUAGGAUUCAACACCACUUAUGUGUUCCCAAAUGUAUUCUCCCUGUUAAAAAUCAAUCGGCCUACGUAUUACACGGAGAUAUAAGUUCUAGUCACGUGAUUGCAGAAUUUGAGAUUUAUUUUUGUUAUCUUAAACUAGGGAUCUAAACGUAAAUUACCUCAAAUUGCCUUUGAUGAAAAUGAAAGAUGUUGCCAUUGUUAUGGUUAAUUUAGCUAUUGCUAUUUAGCAUUUUGUUAAAUUAUUGAUUUUAUCUUAACGCUGUGUUAAUUUAAUUUGCCUAAUUUUAUUCUCAUUGGCUUUGUAUUGAACCAUUUACUUUAAAUAAAAGUAACCAUAUUAAGUAAAUAGGUAUAGUAACUUUGAAUUAAAUAAUUCAGUAAUUAUAAUUAAUAUUUACAGUUCAGGGUUUGUACCUACCGCUCGUCAAAGAACCAUGCAUGUUAUCUUAGUAAUGGUAUUGUAUUAUUAAGUUGAGAGAUCUAUUUCAAUUAUUUUUUUACAUCUAAAUCUAGUAAACGUUUAGGAAAUUACUUGUUAUAUUAAAUUUAGCUUUGAAUGCACAAAAAUUGCCAAGAGCAGAUCUGAUCUAAAUAUUGUUCUGUUUUAUAUUUUUUUUGUAAAUUCAAAUAUGUUACUGUUUUUGACAUUAGAUUCUGAAUUCUGACCAAGUACCUUUAUGUAAAGAUGUUGUAAGUACCUGUAUAACUUUUAUAAGAUAUAAAACCCCAGUUCAGUUUAAAUAUGUUACUAAUUAUUGUUAUUGGUUAAAGUUAUAUGCCUAAUAGAUGCUCGGAACUUAACUAAUGGUCAUAACAAAACUGUACAUAUACUAUGCUUGAGUUUUGUCAGUGAAUGCUGAAUGGCGGCCCUAAAGAAAUUAGGAUUCAUGCAACCAUGAUGGGUAUGCUGGUAUACCUGUAGGAAACAGCAUUAAGUUAGUCCGGUAAAGGAUUUCCACGGUUCGCUCACUGAUGAAACCCACCCUGUAUAGGCAUUUUAUUGACAAAAAAUGUUGGUAACAAACUGUAAUCAGUAUCAGUCAAUAACAUUCCACUAGCUGUAUGAAACUAACCUUUGUUAUUCUAUGUGUAAUCAUCGUUAUCAAUAUCGCAAGCUCUGGGGUGGCAUUUUAUCAGUCACUUGUCUGAAGCUCGGCGACUGAUAAAAUUCCAGCCUUAGAUUCAUGCAGGUAUGUUGAAAAUAAUAUGUAGAGUCCGGCAAAGCUCUUUGUAAACAGAAACUAAUUAAUAGGGCAACAACUUUUUUUUUUACUCUUCAUUAAUUAAGCUGUCAGUAAAAGAAAAAUUUACACGUCGCAAAGUUAGCAUUGUAGGACUCUAGAUAUUUUUUAAUGCCUAGAAAAAACACUGAUUUAAUGUAACUAUUGAAAGUGCCUACAGACACCAAAACCAAGCUAUAACGGGACACCCUAGUAUAAAUAAACGAUUCAUAACAUUAGAAUACCUAUUCCCAGUUUCAUCAUCACGUGGUUACACGGAAUAGCUAUAUCUACGGUUAUACCACGUUAUCUUAAUCCAGACUUGGUGAAACAGAUCCUAAGGCACAUUUUUUACAGUAUGGUAACCAUUUAAGUAUGUACAAAUGUUAAACUUGUACAGAGAUUGCUUCCCUGUAGGUAGACCAUUAUUGUGUUUUUUUUUAAUAAUCACCUAGUCCUCGUGACGAUUUACAAUUUAGCCUAUUACCUACACAAAUCACAAGUAAUUAUUGUACCUAAUUAAGAAAAAAAAAAUCAGAGCAAUCUGUUAUAUUAUAUUUAAAUUUAUCUAA